UCGGGCCAGGGCUGGGCAGACCCGAACCCGCGCGCGCCGCCGCCGCCAGGAGUGGUGUGCGGGCGGCGAUGGCGGCGGACGGCGGGGCUGCGAGGCGGCGCGGCGGCCCGCGGCGCUCGGCGGCGGCCACGGCGCUGCCCGCGUGGCGCCUGCGGUGCGAGGGCGGGCGGCAGCGCUGGCACUACCUGGGAGGUGGCGAGGAGGAGGAGGAAAGAGGCGAUCGGCGGGCGCAGACGGCGCUGGAGCGGCACAGCCUGGGCCUGGGCACGGACGAGGCAUUGCCGGCCGCACCCGGGCCCGGCUCCGCGGGGGCCGCCGCCCGCCGGGGCAUGCGGUUCUACGCCGCGCUGCAGGCCGAGGACGGGCACUGGGCUGGCGACUACGGCGGGCCGCUCUUCCUCCUGCCAGGUCUCCUCAUCGUGUGCCACGUUGCCAAGAUCCAGCUGCCCGAGGGGUUUCGGGAAGAGAUGGUGCGGUACCUGCGCUCUGUGCAGCUCCCGGACGGAGGCUGGGGCUUGCAUGUGGAAGACAAAUCAACGGUGUUUGGCACAGCACUGAACUACAUAGCCCUGAGAAUCCUGGGGCUUGGACCAGAUGACCCUGAUGUUGUGCGGGCCCGUGUCAACCUGCACAGCAAAGGAGGUGCUGUGGGAAUCCCUUCCUGGGGGAAGUUUUGGCUGUCUGUCUUGAAUGUUUACAGCUGGGAAGGAAUGAACACACUUCUCCCAGAGAUGUGGCUGCUUCCUACAUGGUUCCCAGCCCACCCAUCACGGCUCUGGUGUCACUGCCGCCAGGUUUACCUCCCCAUGAGCUACUGCUACGCCAAACGUCUAUCAGCAGAAGAGGAUGAGCUCAUACAGAGCUUGAGGCAGGAGCUGUAUGUGCAAGACUAUGCUAGCAUAGACUGGCCAGCCCAGAGGAACAACGUGGCUGCCUGUGAUGUGUAUACCCCGCACAGCUGGCUGCUGGGAGUUGCCUAUGCCAUCAUGAAUGUGUAUGAAGCCCACCACAGCACCUACCUGCGGCAGCGAGCCAUUACGGAGCUGUACGACCACAUCAAAGCUGAUGAUAGAUUCACCAAGUGCAUCAGCAUAGGGCCGAUUUCCAAGAUGAUCAACAUGCUGGUUCGCUGGUUCGUGGAUGGGAAGGACUCCCCAGCUUUUCAGGAGCAUGUUUCCAGGAUCCCUGACUAUCUCUGGCUGGGCCUUGAUGGCAUGAAGAUGCAGGGCACAAAUGGAUCCCAGCUCUGGGAUACCGCUUUUGCCAUACAAGCCUUCUUGGAGGCAGAAGCCCAAAAGAUGCCUGAAUUUACAUCCUGCCUCCAAAAUGCCUAUGAGUUUCUCCAGUUCACUCAGAUCCCAGAGAACCCACCUGACUACCAGAAGUAUUAUCGCCAUAUGAACAAGGGCGGCUUCCCAUUCAGUACCCGAGACUGUGGCUGGAUUGUGGCAGACUGCACGGCAGAGGGAUUGAAGGCAAUUAUGCUCCUGCAGGAGAAGUGCCCCUCCAUAGCCAAACUUUUUGCUUCAGAGCGCCUAUUCGAUGCUGUGAAUGUGUUGCUGAGCAUGAGGAACUCGGAUGGAGGCUUUGCAACGUAUGAAACCAAGCGAGGAGGCCACUUACUGGAGCUGCUGAACCCCUCGGAGGUGUUUGGUGACAUCAUGAUCGACUACACCUAUGUGGAGUGCACAUCGGCUGUCAUGCAGGCACUGAGACACUUCCAUGACAAGUUCCCUGAGCACAGAGCCCCAGAGAUCAGAGAGACUUUGCAGAAGGGCCUGGACUUUUGUCGCAAGAAGCAGCGAGCUGACGGGUCGUGGGAAGGGAGCUGGGGAGUUUGUUUCACCUAUGGCACCUGGUUUGGUCUGGAGGCGUUCGCCAGUAUGCAGCACACAUACUGUGAUGGGGCUGCAUGCAGAGAGGUGGCCCAGGCCUGCCAGUUCCUCCUCUCCAAGCAGAUGGCAGAUGGUGGGUGGGGAGAGGACUUCGAGUCAUGCGAGCAGCGUGUGUAUGUGCAGAGUGCCAUGUCGCAGAUCCACAACACUUGUUGGGCCCUGCUGGGGCUCAUGGCUGUCAGGUAUCCUGACAUCAGUGUGCUGGAAAGGGGCAUCAAAGUGUUGAUUGAUAAACAGCUGCCCAAUGGGGACUGGCCUCAGGAGAAUAUUGCUGGGGUAUUCAACAAGUCGUGUGCCAUCAGUUACACUGCAUACCGCAAUGUCUUCCCCAUCUGGACGCUAGGGCGUUUCUGCCGGCUGCAUCCCAACAGCCCUCUUGCUGGGCAACUGCAAUCUGGAUCCUUGGCCUCGGCAGGGAAGACCAUGACAGAUGCUUUGUCUGCCUGAACCUGGGCCAUUGCAUAUGCUAUGUUCUCUGACUCAUCUUAGAUACUGGCUCCUCCAUGGGGCCAUGGAGGUUUCCUCUGUAGGAUAUCUCAGUGCUGAUCUUAACAGUUGGACCACUUCCUCUGCCAGGGAGGAGUGCUGCCGUGGUACUGCAGAGCCUCUGUUUACUGUUGAACCUCUUCUAAAAUUCCACUUUUGAAAGUUUUUGCCAGGUAUAUCCUCCUUCACAGCACGGUGAUUGAAGUGCCUUUUCAGAUCAGUUUGGUGAUCUGAGAAGAUAAAGCUGCAUUGUAUUGUACAUCUAGACGGACUCUCAUGGGUAGAGUAAGGCUGCCUUUGUCUUCCCCUUGUACUGUCCAGGUUGGCUGUCUACAGCCAGAAUGUGGGAUUUGGGGCCUCCACUGUGACAAGCAUCAUGACAGCUUGCACUGCACAAGCUCUGCUGAGCUGGCCUUUGUGUUGUGUGUGCCAACAACUUCCUUUGAAGUGCUCUCUGCUCUGGAGCCUGUGCUGGGAGGGGAGGGGUACCUGUCCUCCCCCAGGCACAUGGGAAAGAGGAGUGCUUCACAUGGUUUUCUUACUGUUCUGUCCCCCAUCUGGUGGCACUUGGCUUCCCAGAGCCUCACAGGUGAAAUCACUUCCACUCUGAAAAAGGGGAAACUGAAGCAGAAAGCACUGAGGUGGUGAGUGUUAGGGCACAGCCUGGGUGCCUGGGCUCCAACUUUCCCCCGGCACACCAGGUGCCUCUUUCAGGUUAUGGUGCAGUUAAGCAUUCACAUUUUGUCAGACAGGUUAAUAAAUUGCUAAUGGUGUUGUGAGUGGUACUUAACUGCGUGUUGGUCUCUAUAUGGUCUGCUCCAGUGUGUGUCUCAAGUGGAGGUGAGCUAGCGCAGCAGUAUCCUGUAACCUGGCUUUGGUCACCUGUCCACAGCAGUAUCAGUAACAUCUCCACCAAAAAGCAAGACAUGUUUGGAGUCUGUGCCUGCUUCACCCCUGGAAAAUACAAUCAAGGAAGCAGCUGUCUGAAGGGGAAUGAUCACUUCCCUUCACCUGCUGCUCACACUCAUGCGAAUAAGCCCAGUGUGCUGUUGGCUGCACUCUCUUGGACUUCUUGCCCACCAGGACCCCAGUCAAUUUUUGUAAAGCUAUUCCCCAGCCAACUGCCCAGCCAGCUGACUGGCUUGUGUUGCUACAUGGGGUUAUUCCAUCCUAGGGGCAAAAUACUAUUUGCCAGCAUCUAAUUUCCUAGAAGAACCAUGGAAUCGUAGACCUUCCUGUUCAACCCAUUUCUCCAACUUCUGUGAAGUGGCUCUACUCUGUACCAUAUUCUUCACUUGCCCAGACUGGUAGAGUCUGCAGGUUUGCUGAGUGUGCACUCCAUCCUCUUGCCCAGGUUGUUGGCCUAAUACAAAGCUUAUUUUGAAAGGAAGCAUGGUUAUGGUAUGUGUAUUACAUGAUUUUUGUUGUUUCUUUUUGCUAGUAUUUAUACAGAAAAUCUGAACAAAACUAAGAACUCCUAGGUACCCCAGAGCUUGGAAGGAGUCUUCAGGUGCUGUGCCAGUAGUGUAUUUUCUAAUAUAUUCAUUUUAUUGCUGAAAAACGAUAGAUUAGUAUAGCCACAAACCCUCAUGAAAAUGUAAAUGAUACAUAAAAGCUGCUUAGCUAAGCUGAAAUAGCAUAUUUGGAGGUUUAUAAGUGUAUGUUUUCUGUACU